CGCCAAUCGCGGGGCGGGGCGGCAGCAGCGCCGCUGCCCGCGGAGGGAGCGCGGGGCUGCGGCACCGCCGGUCGGCUCCGCAACGGGACCCGCACCGCAGCGGGACCCGCGCCGCAACGGGAACCGGCGCUGCAACGGGACCCGCACCCGCUGACCGGCUCCCUGCCCGAACCGGCGCCGGACCCUGACCCGCAGCGGCGCCGACAGCCCGCACGUCGCUCUUUACCGGCACAGGGACCCUGUCCCGCUGCCCCGCUCCUCACCGGCACCGGGACCCCCCACCUCGGUCCUUUCCGGCACCGGGACCCCGCGCCGGGAUCCGCAUCCCAUUCCGGCACCGGGACCCGCUUCCCGCUCCCCACCGGCACCCGCGUCGCCCCCGCGGGGUCCCGGCGGCUCCCGGGCGGCGGGGCAGGUGCAGGAGGGAGCAGAGAAGUCCCCGUGUCCCUGCUGCCCUGCCAGAAGAGGGGAAACCAAGAGGAAGCUCUGAUCCAUCUUUCCCGGCAGCACAGUGAAGCCCAGGACACAAUUCUGAGCGGCCAAACUUGACGGGACAACACUGUCCUGCCGCCUGCUGGCCCCAUCCCACCACCAGCACCGCCACUGUCCCUGUUGUCCCCUGCCAAUGCCGGUGGGUGGAGACCACAUGCUCGAUUGCUGCGCUGGCACCCCAAGCGUUGGGCCAAGCUGUGGGCCCUGCUUCUUCCCGCGGGACAGUGGCGAUGGGGGCUGCUCUCUCCACCGGAGCGAUCGUGGCAAUUUCUUUUAACUGUGUCAUCGCGUUGCUCAUCAUCAUUCUCUUCCUCAUCCUCUGCAAGGCCUGCAAGACCCCCUCGUGCCCCAAGAAGAGUCCGGCUUCUGAUGCAGACGAGGCAAGGAAUGAAGAGAAGUACCUGCUGCAGCCCUGAGCUGCUUGGGGACUUGGGUACCCAGCUGUGCUGAAGGAAUUGUGGCAGCGUGGAUGCCCGCACUAGGACGGAGCGCUGGCCUGGGUACAAUGAAAGCAAAGGCGAUACUCAGCCACUCACAGGAGCCAUGACUUGGUUUUGGUGUGUAAAGUCCCUGUGGAUGACGACAGCGACUGUGGGGAUGGAGAGACAGGAGCCAGGGAUGUGCUGCGGGGUCAAACCCGCCUGUCCCAGCGGCCAGCGAGUGCAGCAAGAGCCCUGCCUUAGAAUGCAGUCUAUAUUUGGGGACAGUCCAUGGGCUCCUCCCUGGCGCUCAUGGCCUCGGCCAGCGACCACCACAUCGCAGACCUAAGCGGGGCCAGCCAGGGGCUCAGAGAGGGGAGGUAGCAGAGCUGGCACGUCUGCCUGUCCCCAAGUGGGCCCCAUCAGCAGAAUGGGCUGUUACUGGUUCGGGUGUCUUUGGGGAUAGCCCUGGGGUGCCGUGUGCCCCCAGUCUCAGGGGAGCAUUUGGCACCCGUCUGUCCCAGCAGCCAGUUUAAUAAGCCAAGAGAGGGUCUGCAUGGUCUGUCUGUUCAUCCCCAGUCUGUCUGUCAAUCCCCUCCAGCAUUAGAACCAACACUGCCACACAAACGGCCCUCCUCCUCGCUGGGUGCGUGUUCCUGCCUGCCCUCCUGCCUGCUCCCGACUGAGACCAGCCAGCGAGGUUUGACCUGCCCAUCGGCAGCAGACGUGUCCUUGUCGGCAUCUGCAUUCCUGCUGAGAGCAGCCUGGGAUAUCUUUUAUGUUGGGGAGGUGGGAGACACGGGGAUUGAUGAAGGUGCCUGGCCAAACAGCACUGAAGGGUCUUCCAGCCCUGUUGCUCCCUGGGGACAACUGUGGCUCUGAGGGGAAGGAUGGGGGUUGUCUGGCUUGUCCCCAGGCCUGGCAGCUGCCUUUCCCGGGUCUGUCUGCUGGUGUUGUGGGUUUUGGAGGGCUCUGUCCUGCCCAUCCUAGAGCCGAGCAAUAGCCAAGGUCUCUGCUGGCACAACCAGUGCAAUAAGAGGACAGGGCGGGGUCUAUGCCAGGUGGACACCAGCCAGGGACCCUGCGCAGGCUUGGCCAGUCUUGGCAGAGCCUGUGGUUCCUCCCCACGUCAGGUGUAGCUAACAGAUCCCUUCGCAAUGGUGUUUUUACUAGGCUAAUAAACCAACUGUAGGACCCAGGUAGCGUCUCUGAGCUCUGCCCAGCACCUGGAAAAUUUGGGGGAGAUGGCGUGUCUUGCCCAUCCUGUCCCACAGGCUUGAGGAGUGGCUGUCCCAGGGCUGGUGGCCAAUGUUCCUGCAGGAUUGCGGGUUGUUGCUGGGUGAUGGCAGCAAGGAAGGGCUCAUGUCUGUAGCCAUCUGUGGCUUUUAAAUGCUGGGUGAGAAAUCUGGCUGGGUAUUUCAUGACAGCAGCAUGACGCACGCUGGGCUAGGGGCAUGUCAGCGGAGAGCAGUCCCCAGCCCCAGUGCCAGAGGCACCUGAGAGUUUCCAAGCCACAACCUUAAGUUAGAGGGAUGCUUUUGGUGGACGCAUGCCAGGUGAGCGGAUGGAGGAAACCUGCCACUACUCUUGCCUGGUGGAAGAAAUGCCUCUGGUCCUCAGUCCUGGCAGUUGUGCAUAAGGCUCCAGCGGUCACAGCCCGUUGCUGCUCAUCAGCAUGCAGUGAGGCUACUGCUGCUCCUGCUGCCACCGCAGCCACGUAGCAGCUAAUCCCUUUGCUGCAAAGCGCCAGAGUGGUGGCAAGGCUCUGCAAACCCCAGCGCCCAGCCGUUCUGCAGCCGCCGGCUGGGUUGAAGCAGCUGAGCUGCCCUGGGGAGAGGGGAGUUAUGGAGCAUCCAGAAGCUGGGGGGUUGCAGCUGCUGUAAUACCCAGAUGGCAGUGGUGGCAUUUCCCUCUUCCACAGCUGUGGCGGGGCAUGCCAGGUCCCCAGCCACCCUCUGGCUUAUGCUGCCACCCCAGAGUCCAGGGAGAUGUGUGUGACUGACCUCACAAAUGCUGUGGGGCCGCAGCUCAGUCUCUCUGGUCACUCACUGUGGGGCCGGCUGCCAUCGGGCUGCAGCCCUGAGGUUUCCCUAGGGCUGGCAGGACCAGCCUUCACCUGCUCUCCACGGGGCUCUCAGCCAGUGCAAACCCGGCGGAGGGCUGGGAGGAGCUGAGGGCUGUGUGGCUCUGAGGGACCGAGCGCAGUGAGGUGUGCCUGACCCCAGAGAUGACUGCAUGCCACAGCUCUCCCAGCAACUCCAUUUAUUUGUCCAGGCAUGGAAGCAAAGUGUUCCUGCUAUGCAAAGAGCAGGCAGCAUGUGGCCCGUGCCUUGCAUGCCAAGCAGCCACCAAUCAAAGCCAGACUUGUUCGGCCGGCAGCCCUGGCAAAGCCAUCGUUCCCACACGCUCACUCCUCUGCCUUGCUCUCUGGCUCUCUCACCAGGUUAAGGAUCUUUUCCAGCUUUGCAAUUUCCACCUCAGGACCCUUCUUAACCUCCUGGCCUUUCUUCCCCUGCGAAGAGAGCAAGAGAGGGAAAGCUGUGAGCAGGGAGAACCACGGGAAUGGGGAUGGGUCCAUCGUGUCCCAGCUUGCCGCCCUCUCCACAGGGCAAUGCCUCUGCCUGUUCCUGUAUUUCAAGCCCAAGGUGCCACAAGAUAGGUAAAAGCCCCCAUGGGGUGAUGAUAAGGCAGCGUUUAAGUGGAGAUGGGAGUGGAUCUGUUGAUCCACAGUGACACAAUCUGUCUAUUCCCUCUUUUCUCCCAGCCACAUGGGACUAAACCAACCUCUAAGCCCUCCAGCUUUUCCCCACACACCCUGGGGAAGUGCCAGGCGUGAACGACUCCCAGGGCAGUCACAGCAAUGCAGCUGUCCAAACCACCCUAAAACAGUCCCACCGUACCCACUCUAUGCCAGGGCUCCUGGGGAGAGGCAGCCACAGGAGCAGGGACUUGGCCUUUAGCACCCAAAUCUGCUCACUGGGAGGGCAGGUGGGUACAGAGAACCCCUCACCUGGGGGUGCUAAGCGAGUCCCAGGUGGGCUGUUAGCUUGUCACUGAGGCUCUCUUGCCCCUAGGCACACUUCGAGCAUCCCUGUGCCUCACUACAUGUUGCUGUGCCACUGCAGCACAUACCCGGUGUAGGCAGUGAGGAAAAACCCUUUACACCGCUCCCUGGGCACCUCUUCCCACCCUCCCGGGAGCUUGAUUCCCAGCCUGCCCAGUUCAGUCCUUGCUUGCUUGGGAGCCAUGGGAUCUUCCAGGCCUGAUGGGAGACAAUGUACCUGCUAAGGGUACUGGUGCUACUCAAAGUUUCAGGCAGAACAUGUCGUCUCCCCACUGUGGGGCUGCAGUGUGUUCUCAUCAGAGCCUGGGACUCUGGGAAGGUGAUAAUGGGGUCUAGGCUCUCCAGAUAACGGCACCCGCACCCACAGCAGAAGAAUUUCCCAUCCUGCCUUCAGUCCAUCAAGCCCUCUGGCACCUGAGCAUCUAUCCUGUGGGGUUCUUCCAAAACAACA